AUGGCCAAAGGUAGGGGGAGAUCUAGUAGAACUCAGGGCAAAAGUAGUGGUCGACCUGGGAAUGCGUCGCCGAGGGAGACGUGGAGGAUUAUUGGACAAAAAAUAAAUCCACUUGAUUUCAGACUUGGUACAACCCAAAGUCAUCAUUCUCUUUGGUUUGCACAACCGAAAAAGUAUUCCGAGGGUCUACGAGAAGAUAAAAAAAUAAGAGACAGUGUCAAGAAUUAUGUACAAAAAAAUAGGAGACUAUCUUCUGGUGUCGAGGGAAUUGCACGUAUAGAGAUUCAAAAAAGACUGGAUCUAAUUCAGGUGAUAAUCUAUAUGGGUUUUCCUAAAUUAUUAAUUGAAGAUAGGCCACGAAAACUCGUAGAACUACAGAUGAAUGUGCAAAAAGAACUUAAUUGUAUGAAUCGGAAACUCAACAUUGCUAUUAUAAGAAUUGGAAAUCCUUAUGGGCACCCUAAUAUUCUUACCGAAUUUAUAGCCAGACAAUUAAAGAAUCGAGUUUCAUUUCGAAAGGCAAUGAAAAAGGCUAUUGAAUUAACUGAGCAAGCGGAUUCAAAAGGAAUUCAAAUACAAAUUGUAGGGCGUAUUGACGGAAAAGAAAUCGCACGUGUCGAAUGGAUCCGAGAAGGUAGGGUUCCUCUACAAACCAUUGGAGCGAAAAUUGAGUGUUGCUCUUAUAGAGUUCGACCUAUCUAUGGGGUAUUAGGAAUCAAAAUUUGGAUAUUUAUAGACGAAGAAUAAUAAGAAUAAGACUCUACUUGUCUUUCCGUUCUAUUCUAAGAUAGAACAAAAAAUGACAAAUUCUUUGAUUUUUUGAUUGAACAUAAAAAUAAAAAAAUGAGAAGUUCUAAAUUCUAUAAGGUUAAAUAAAAAUUUGAUUGAUCAUUUGAUAUAAUUGCUAUGCUUAGUGUGAGACUCGUUGGGUUUUUUAGCCUUAGGAUUCAAAAAAAAUGGGCGGACCACAGUAUAAGCUAAUAACUAUAGCACUAAUAACCAACUCAUCGCUUCGGAUUAUCUGGAUCCAAAGAAUCAGUCAAGAUAUGAUAUAUUGGUCAUAUCAUUAUAGCAA